AUGAAGUGCUUAUACUUACUUAUUAUGCUCUUGCUAUUACAAGUUGUGUAUUAUAAACGGGUAAUUGCCCGAGACGCUGUAAUAAAUAUGAAACAAUCAUUUUUUCAACCAUUGGAUGAACUUCUGCCCUCGUGUCACAGUAAAAUUUACUGCAAUAGUGAAUUUUUGCACGAUGUACAAAUAUGUUGCAAUCACCCAAACUGUACAAAUGUUUUAUCUAAAAAACUUAAAUAUACUGAAUCUGAGAUUCUGAUAAAGUAUGAUCAAAUGAAACGAAAUAAUAAUAAUGUACCGUCUGACGAAGAUUUAGUCAAGUUUAUCGAUGAGAAUUUUGAAGAAAUUAACGAGUUAAUUAAAUGGACACCUACAGAUUUCACCGAUAAACCAUCGAUUCUUAAUCGAAUUAAAGAUAAAACUUACAUAUAUUGGGCUAGAGCAUUGAAUGAUGUAUGGAUGACCCUAGCAAGGAAGAUCAAGGAUGACGUAAAAAUACAUCCAGAUAAGUACUCACUGGUAUGGGUACCAAAUGGGUUCAUUAUACCAGGAGGUAUAUUUAAGGAACUUUACUAUUGGGAUACUUAUUGGAUUGUUAAUGGAUUACUGCAAUGUGAUAUGAGAACCACAGCUCGCGGUAUCAUUGAAAAUAUAAUAUCAUUGGUGGAUCAGUUUGGUUUCAUGCCCAACGGUAACCGAGUUUUCUAUCUAAACAGAUCACAACCACCGAUGCUUAUAUUGAUGGCAUUAAGUUACUAUAAAGCAACUAAUGAUUUUGACUUCAUAAAAACCGUUAUAGGUAGUUUGGAAAAUGAAUAUCUAUUUUGGUUGAAAAAUCGAAUGGUUACCUUUGAGAAAGAUGGUAAACAGUAUACAAUGGCUAGAUACAGCUCACGGUCAAGUGGACCAAGACCCGAAUCAUACAGGAACGAUUAUAAAUUGGCAGAAAAACAUCAGAGAUCAGAAGACAAAAAUGAAUUAUACAUACACAUAAAGUCUGCUGCAGAAUCUGGUUGGGACUUUUCAAGUAGAUGGUUCAUAGCAGUCAAUGGCACUAAUAGCGGUAAUUUAUCUGAUAUACAAACGGCAAACAUUAUCCCAGUUGACUUAAACAGCAUACUUCAUGUAAAUGCACUUACAUUGAGUACUUGGUUUGAUCAAAUGGGAGAUGAAAUAAAUGCUGCCAAAUACAGAACAAUUGCAAAUGGGUUUCUCGAAAAUAUACAAGAAGUUAUGUGGAAACCAAAUAAAGGAGCUUGGUUUGAUUGGGAUUUGAUCAACAAUAAGAGUCGAGAAUAUUUUUAUGCAUCGAAUAUUGUACCUCUGUGGACGGAAAGUUAUAACAUGCCAAAAGAAAAAGUGGCCAAUGCAGUUCUGAAAUAUUUGAGUGAUCAACGUAUAAUCGAGCUUGAUUACAGUAUUAAAUACAAUGUUUCCGAUCGUCUUCGCAAGAAAACGUCGGGUAAAAUUUAA